UCUCAUAGGGAGACUUUCAUAAUAUAAAUAACCAACCUAUUUGAGUUUCAGAUAUAGAACAGAGUUGAAUCAAACAUGAGACAAUCCUUGUCUUUCUUCUCCUCCCCUGUAUUCUUCUUUCUGGUCAUUCUAUUUCUAGCCAAGGUUGAUGCUGAUAUUGUCAAUGAAACAUGUCAAAAAGUUUCUCAGGGUGACAAGGAGCUCCAAUAUGACUUGUGCGUUGCGGCUCUUAGACAAGAUCCCAAGAGCCACAGUGCAGAUCUCCUAGGGCUAUCGAUCAUCUCAAUAAAUUUAAUCAAACAGAAUGCAACAAAGAUUGGUUCACGCAUUGAGGAGCUCUUGAAAUCCGAUCCAGAUGUUAAGGGUUGCUUGAAGUUUUGUAAGAACAUGUACUCUAUGGCGGAGCAUGAUAUAAAUCAUGCACUUGAAUCCUUCAAAUCUAAGGAUUACGAGACAGCUAACAGAGCUGUGGGUGCCGCGUUAUCUGAUGCAACGACUUGUGAAGAGGGGUUCAAGGAGAGUGGCAUAAAAUCGCUUUUGCUAGCAGAGUAUAAUUCUUACAGUCAGUUCGGUCUAAUUGCACUGGAUAUUACCUGUCUUUUGAUUGUCUGUUACUAAUGGAUGGAUGUAGUUCUUAUAAAUAAUAAUAAUAAUAGAUAAUCCGAAGUUAUUUCUUUA